GCUGAAUGAAUGGUGGCUAAAGUGUGGGGGGGGGGGGGGGUGUAGGGAAAACUGAUUAGGAAAGUUUUAAGCCUGAAUAAAGACAAGAGGUAGUCUGAUUCAACACAGGCACAUCUCCUGGAGAUAAGAGAUAAAACAGCAUGACAUCAGAUUCUCCUGACCUGCAUGAUGCUCCGUACCAUGUUGCUAUGGAAGCAGGAGACAGCGAUGUGCUGGAAAUUGAAAGAUGGUGCUGCAGGCUGAGGCAGGAAAACACUGAUCUACAAGACGCCUUGGGGAAAGCUGAUGUGGAGAUACACAAGUUGUCUCAGGAAAUUGCAUUGCUACGGGAAAAAAACAAGAACCUACAGAAGGAAAUAUGUCAGUUUGUGGAUCUAAAAGAACAAGUAGAAAACCUGAAGUUUAAAGUAAAGCAAAACAAAGAUGCAGCAGAUAUGGAAAGCCAACCAAAGGAGGAUAAGAUAAGAUGUCUACAGAAGAUUUCUACAAUAGAAAGAGCAGAUCAGCUAGUAAACCAAUUGGACUGCUGUCAUGAUGAAACAGUGGUACUGAAAAAGGAAGUAAAUAGGUUGAGGAAUCAGACUACCAACCUGGAGAAGGAAUUACAGAAGAGAAGGCUGGAUAUAAAGAAAAAGCAAGAGUUUGCUGAGGAGAAGGAAUCGAUAAGGACAUGUAUGACUAUCACACUGAAUGAGUAUGCAUCUACAAGAGAGGCUCUGAAUAAUAAAAUUUGUACCCUGCAAUCCCAAGUAGAAGAAUCUUCCCAGGACAAUUUUCUGAGAAGGACAAUCCAAGAGUCAUCUAAGAUAACGGAAUAUCCCCCAGAUGAUGGCACUCUCAUGUAUGAAAUACUACAGGCCAAACUGGAUGAAGAGCGACUACGAUGGACAGAUGAACAGAAAAAAUGGGGCUUUUUAAGGUUGCUGUAUACCAUGAUGCUUAAGGUUCUAUGGUGUAAUUUUAAGGUUGCCUUUUUCUUUGGCUUCUUUGUACUAUUGUUUCACUACCUACUGCAACUUGCCCAGAGUCAAGACCAGAGAUGGUACAUACAGAGUGUCUUCUCUUCCGAAACAAUUGAAUGGAUGGAGCAUAUUUGUCAGUCAUUUCUCCAGUUGAUAACUUUAGGGGAGAUGCCUCAUAAGUCUACUUUUUGAAGCCAUUCUCUAAACGCUUAUGUGCCAAAGUGUUGAAUAAACAAUUC